AAUGAUCGCCCCCGGCGCCGGAGGAUUUCUGGGUCUGGGAAGAGGAAAGUGGAAAAAAAAACCCCUGAGAACUUCCUCAUCCCUUUGGCCGUGAGACAUGUCUGAGGCUCCUGCUCAGUGUAGCAUUAAGCAGGAACGGAUCUCCUACACACCCCCGGCCAGCCCGGUGCCAAACUUCCCGUCCUCGUCUCCGCUCCACAUCCCGGGGCCCCGCCCGCUCAGGAUGGAGGAAGACUCAAUCAGGCUGCCAGCACACCUCCGCUUGCAGCCCGUGUCUUGGAGCAGGGACGACGUGGGCCAGUGGCUGAAGUGGGCUGAGAAGGAGUUCUCCCUGCGGCCUAUCGACAACAACACGUUCGAGAUGAACGGCAAAGCCCUCCUGCUGCUGACCAAAGAGGAUUUCCGGUACAGGUGUCCCCACUCAGGUGACGUGCUGUACGAGCUGCUGCAGCACAUCCUGAAACAGAGGAAAACCAGGAUGCUGUUCUCCCCGUUCUUCCACCCCGGCAACUCUAUCCACACGCAGCCCGAGGUCAUGGUACCCCAGAACCACGAGCUCGAUAACUGCCUCCAGCGGGCCUCGAGACCUCCAGUGGAAAGCGUCCAGCACAACCCUCCCACCAUCGAACUGUUGCACCGCUCCCGGUCCCCCGUCACGACCAACCACCGGCCGUCUCCGGACCCCGACCAGCGGCCCCUCCGGUCCCCCCUGGACAACAUGAUCCGCCGCCUCUCCCCGGCCGAGCGGGUCUCUGGCCCGCGGCUCCACCAGGAGGGCGCCCACCAGGAGCCCUACCCCCUGUGCGUGUCUCCCAUGGAGAACAAUCACUGCCCGCCCACUUCGGAGGGGCCCGCCAAGCCGUCCAGCCCGCGCCCGGAGAGCGCCCGCGUCAUUCAGCUCAUGCCCAGUCCCAUCAUGCACCCGCUGAUACUGAACCCCCGACACUCGGUGGAUUUCAAACAGUCGCGCCUGGCCGAGGACGGGCUGCACCGUGAGGGGAAGCCCAUCAACCUGUCCCACCGGGAGGACCUGGCCUACGUCAACCACAUCAUGGUGUCCGUCUCCCCACCGGAGGACCACGCCGUGCCCAUCGGGCGGAUAGCAGACUGCAGGCUGCUGUGGGAUUACGUCUAUCAGCUGCUCUCCGACAGCCGGUACGAGAACUUCAUCCGGUGGGAAGACAAGGAAUCCAAGAUAUUCCGGAUAGUGGACCCCAACGGGCUGGCACGGCUCUGGGGAAACCACAAGAACAGAACCAACAUGACCUAUGAGAAAAUGUCCAGAGCUUUGCGCCACUACUACAAACUCAACAUCAUCAGGAAGGAGCCGGGACAGAGACUCCUGUUCAGGUUCAUGAAAACGCCGGACGAGAUUAUGAGUGGCCGGACGGACCGCCUGGAGCACCUGGAGUCCCAGGAGCUGGACGAACAGAUCUACCAGGAAGAUGAGUGCUGAACGGAGCAACACGCCCCCGCCGCGGGGGCCAGUGGGGAAACACAACACCCGACUGGGUGGCCGUGGGCGCCGGCCGGAUUGGGGGCGGGGGGCAGGAAGCCACGGGACCACGGAGGAGGGUUUUCGCGCCGAUCAGGCGGGGCCCCAGAGCACCUUAAACAGGACCACCUGGCCCAGGCGGGUCAGCCCCUCUCUCGCCCCUCCCUGGCCCUUCGACCCCUGAACCCCCGACCCCAGAUAUCACGUCCUUUGUGGGGUUGGCUUUGGGUUGGUUUUUUGUUUUGUUUUGUUUUUUAUCAACACCCAGCUUGCCUUUUCCUGCCUCAGAGAGGGAGAGGCUGCCUCCCCGGGGCAGUGUUUGAAUGAUGGUUUCCUGGCGGGGCAAGAAGAGGGGCAGCCCCCUGGUCUCUGUGUUCGCUCGAGGGCCCCGAGGAGACCCCACUGACAGAGGAAAGCAGCAAGUGUGAAGAGGGAGCCCGUGUAUCACUGUGUCCCCUCGUCUCACCCUGUUUCACCCUUUGGACUCGCCUCCCCCGUUCUCCCUCUCUGUCACCUAGGCCAGCGGGGAGAGAAAUGCCUUUGACCUUGGGGUAGCCACAUGGCGGUCUCUGGUUGCCCCAGCUGACCCUCCAGCCAGCCCGAUGAGGCCAUCCUGACCCACCCCCACCCAGCUUAAAUCGUGGCCAUGUCCCCGGACGAGCCGGAGAAGGGAUCCAGAGCGGCACCGUUUGUCCAAUCAGUUGAUCAAUCAGUGGUAUUUAUUGAGCUCCAAUCAUGUGCAGAGCACUGUACUAAGCGCUUGGGAAAAUACAGUACAAUAGAGGUGGUAGACACGCUCCCUGCCCACAGAGAGCUUACAGGUGGAACGUCCAAUGUGCCUGCCCCUGUCCUGGUACUUCCUCCCCCUGCAGCCUCCCUCCCCCAAAUCCAUAUCCAGAAAAGGGGCCUUGGGGAAAACACCAGGAUCUGCCCCGGACAGACCACCGUUGGCCCGACUUGCCGUCGGGACCCUCAGACGUCUUCCCGUCCCCCGCCCCGCUCACCACAGAGAAGCCCCCCCCACGCCCUAGGAAUCCCGACCUUGCAGCGGUGAUUAGGAAGGCUUGUGCCCAUUUCCCAGGGGGGAAGGCUGAGGCCCUCCAACCCGCUCUCCACGCCCAGGCUCCCCUCUGCAGGUUCCUUCCUCCAGCCCAAGGAGGAGGCCAAGCGACGAGCGAUUCCAAGCCAGAGACGCUUCCCGUGAGCCACCCGGCCCGCUGACUCUCCCGAAAAGAAACGUCCCACCCCGUGGGGGGUAGGGGCUCAGCCGCCCCCUCCUCCCGAAGGAAUUCUGGGAAGACCGAUCCAUAAGGACGUGGGUCCCCUCCCCACCCCCCUCCCGCCCGCCGCCGCCUGCGUCAACACUAACCCACAGCGGGGUCCCCGGGGACCUUCCUGGAGGGUUUCUUCCUGUGACCGUGGCCACCAGGCCAGAAUGAGUUUAGAAUUCUCUUUCCUUUUUUAAGUUCUAAUCUGUUGUUGUUUUUGAGGUGUGGGGUUUAUAAGGGACUGAAUCGAAUGAAUGUAACAAAAAAAAAAAAAGCCUAUUCUCAGGGCCAGUGAGUUGCAAAUAAUUUUUAAAGAAAAGCCUGUAAUUACAUCAUCUCAAUAAAUUGUUUUUAUAGAACGGCA